UUCUGCUGCUGCCCAUUGCACACACACACACACUGUCGUCCACUACAGUCUGGCUGCCGACCAUCUUGGAUCGGAAACACCGGCAGCGCACCCCGGAAAGAAAGUGACCGCAACGCAAAAGCAUGGCGGCGAGUAGACGGGCAGUAUGCAGCUUGCUGCUGCUACUGGCCACGGCACAGGCCGCGCCCGGCCGCAGCCCGAUGCCCGGCAGCGUGUUCAUCGCCAACCCGACUAGCGGCACGCCGCUGUCGACCAGUGCGGCCGGCGUCGACUGCGCCGACCCGUCCCUGCCCCGAUGGAGGAACCUUCCCAAGACGCACCGACUCGUCCUCUCGGCAGCAAACGUGGCCUGCACUCCCGAUUCGGAAGCAAACCGGACUCAAGAGGACACACCGCGCACUACUCUCUCGUUGAGCAUCCAGAGCAUGGACGACAUCCAGCUGAACCUGUCCGAAGAGUGGCUUCCGGUCAGCGGUAACGCGACCGAUCCGCGGCUGGCGCUGCAGUCCCUGCAGGGCGGCUACGGCCAGCAGCCAUGCCGCCGAGACGAGGCACUGCUGCUCUGGGAGAAGCCCUAUCACGCACCAGGACUCACCAUCUCGCCCGAGAUACUCACGCCGGGAAGCCACGCACUCAGCGUUCAUCUUUGGGGUUCGGCGUGGCUGCUGAACGUCAGCGUGGCGGGUCACGAGUGCUCGCGGACCGCCGAAGAGGCGGCGACGGGAAGCUUGGAGGCCCCCUGCUCGGCGGGAGGCGGGGCAUGCGUGCUCGAGCCGGGGGCCGCGUCGUACGCAUGCCGCUGCUGCCCCGGCCUUUCCGGUCGCUUCUGCGAGGAGCGCGACGGCUGCUUCCACAAGCCGUGCCUCAACCAGGGCUUCUGCGUCGACAUCGCCGAGGGACUGUCGGGAUCGCUCUUUCAGUGUCUCUGUCCUCACGGCUACCGCGGCCGGCGCUGCGAAGAACCACUAAGCGCGUGCGAGCUGCACCCUUGUCCACAAGGCACCCACUGCGUACAGACAACUGACGAGGUCACCAACCGCAGCUGCGUAGCAGACACGUCGACCAUCCUCCCCAUCACGGCACAGCAACAGCCAGGACAGGCGCAGCUGCAACAACAGCCGAGCAAUGAGCAGGAGACAACGCAGCAGCAAGAGCCGGUGCAGCCGAAGCUGCAACCAACGCGGCAACCGGAUCAAUGGAAAACUCAGCAAUCGCAGCAAGACACGCAGCGACCGCAGCUGCAACAACCCGACCACAAGCAACUUCAGGAAGAAACGACGCCGACUGAGCUACCACUAAAGACGGAGCAACCUCUCGGGGAGCAAACGCUUCAACCAGGGACACAGCAACAAGUCAUUGAAGCUCAGAAACAGCAACAAGGCCAGGUGAAGCAGCAGACACAGAAACCGGGGGCGGCCGAGCAGACUGACAAGUCCGAGCAACAAACAGACAAACCGCCGGAGCAACACGACGACCGGCAGCCGCAACCGAGCCAGCUUGUACAAGUUCAGAAGCCGCAGCAGCAAGUGUUAGAAGAACAACAAGAGCUUCAGGGCGAGAGCAACACGACGACGACCAUUAGCAGCACAAGCACAGCGUCACCAGCGCCCACGGCGACCGAGCCGACGAGGAACCAGAGCGGCGGCAGCGCGUGCGGCGCCCGUCCGUGCGUGCACGGCAAGUGCGAAGACCUGCCGGCCGGGAGCGGAGGUUUCCGGUGCUACUGCCUGCCGGGCUACGGGGGCGACCUGUGCGAGUUCGAGUACGACGAGUGCGACUCCGGGCCGUGCGCGCACGGCGCCCAGUGCGAGGACCUGGUUGCCGGCUUCCGCUGCCACUGCGGGCCAGGCUACGCGGGGCGCCGCUGCGAGAUCAAGGUGGACCUGUGCCGGCCCAACCCAUGCCCGCCGCCCGCACAGUGCCUGGACCGCGGGAACAACUACUCCUGCCUGUGCAGGCACGACGGUCCAGGCUGCACGCAGCGAUACGACCCAUGCUUCCCAAACCCUUGCCAGAACGGCGGCUCGUGCUGGCCUAGCCUGGACUCCUUCUACUGCUCCUGCGCCCGGGGUUUCACCGGCGACACGUGCGAGCUCAACGCGGCAGGCGGCGGCUCGCAGCUGCCGCCGUCCGCACCAGCCGACGCCAUGGCCAGGACGCAAGGUCGUCCUACUGACCAGCUGCACAACAUCUACAUCGCGGCGGCUACUCUGGCGGGCGCCUGCCUCAUCGUGCUGGCUGUGGUGAGCGUGUGCCACUGCCGCGUGCACCAGAGCUACCGGGGCUGCGUGCGACGCCUCGGACGAUCCUGCGCCCAGCUCAAGCAGCGCACGCUCGAAGACCCAGACAAAUCCUGGCUGAACCCGGAUGGCAGCGUUUCUGAGGCGAAUCCCGAGUGGCUGUCUGCUGCCUCGGCCGGCCUGCACGCUCCGCUCAUCAUCCGCUGAGCCGCCAGCGGCCAGGCCGGCCGCCAACAAGACGACGCCAGCGCUGUUGACGCGUGCGAAGCAACGCAGCCAAACGUUUCGGCCCCAGCCGGGGCUGCCGCCGCCAUUGGAAGAAGAGACGCCAAGGCUGUUGUCCCUUCUUCACACAUUGAUAACGUUCAAAACACGCGGCCCGUCAAUGACAUGUCAACGAAUUGGUAUAUGUCGCGGAUGCAAAAUGUGGUUGCAGGUUCAAUUCGGUAUCCUUUUAAGAGCGGAGCUAUUUAAAACCCUUGGGAUCCGUCGUCCGCACUUUCUAACCCAGCUGCGAGAGCGAAGCCUGGCGAUAAGGAGAGCAUUGGUAAAGCUAAGUGGGUGAAAGGGAAGCCGAGUGUAGCGAGUUGAGCCUGGUAAAGAAAGUGUAACAACGUGGAGAGGGCGCAGCUGGGUAGAGAGGAGGAGAGCAAAGGCGAC